AUGUCGGACAGCUCCGUGGACCUCUCGAAGGCGGUGGGAUUUGAGUUUGAUCCCCAGGAAGUAUCGUGGAACAAGAGGGACCUCAUCGUCUACGCGCUCGGGAUUGGUGCUAAGAAAGAUGACCUGUCACUUGUAUAUGAACUUCACCCAUCCUUUACGCCGUUCCCCACAUACCCUGCCGUGCUUGGCUACAAAGGCACCGACCAUGACACUAACGUCUACGCCGAACGUGCCUCGCUGAAGAGCGCCCCUGGUCUCCCGAAGUUCGACCCGAAUCGCGGGAUCCAUGCAUACCAGACUUUGGAGGUCUUGAAGCCGCUUCCGACCGUCAGUGGACCAGGAUGGAAGCUGAAGAGGCGGCUGACGACUGUCCAAGAAAACAAGUCUGGCAUCAUUGUUGAGGCCGAGAUUUUACUGGUCUCUCCUGACGGCACGCCCUACGCCAAAAUUUACAGCGCAGGAUUUAACCUCGGCGCGAAAGCUCAUGGAACCAAGUUUGCGAAGUCGAUCGGUGGCCCGCCCAAAGCGCCCGCUAUCCCGCAGCGCGAGCCGGAUUACGUCUUUCAAGACCAGACGACGCCAGAACAAGCGGCGAUCUACCGCCUCAGCGGAGAUUACAACCCGCUGCACAUCGAUCCGCGGAUCGGACAAAAGACCGGCUUUGGCGGUGUUAUACUGCACGGGCUCUCGACGUAUGGGUUCGGCGCGCGCGCGCUGGUGAACACCAUCGGAGGCGGAGACCCGAACGCUCUAAAAUACAUCGGCGUGCGUUUCACGUCCCCAGUCAUCCCUGGCGAUGCGCUCGAAACGCGUGCGUGGGACGUCGGCCCAGCCCCUUCGUCCGCUGGAGAAGGCCUACGCGAGAUCGCGUUCGAGACGAAGGUCGUCAAGACCGGCAAGGUUGUGCUUGGUUCCGGGCAUGCAUACGUGAAGAAGGCUGCAGGAGGGGCGAAGCUGUGAGCUGACCACAAGGCGUAAUUUUCUGCUGUAUUAUUAGGGCUGCCGCUCGAUCUAUAGCUGUGCCAAACGCGGAAUGGAGGGCGCAUCGAUUCGUUGAC